AUGCUACAACAGGUCCUCCUGAUUCUCCAGCUCCUACAUCUCCCACCAAGAAGCUUCCUCCUCCUUCUCCUCCUCUUCUUACCACCAAAAAGGUCUUGGCAGCUCUUCGUCUGACCACCAAGAAGGCCACUACUUCUCCUCUUGUAGCUUCAACAUGGACUCCUGAUACUCCUUUUGGAAGCGCUGCCAUUUCUAACCCAUAUGGAUCUGGCUAUCCUUACGCUCCUGCAGUCCCUCUUGUGCCCAUUACCAUCACAAUGGAACCCAACAACUCUCGGUUAGGAGGGGACGUCACCCUAAUUCCAGGAGGAGACAUGACUGGCAUUGCCUCCUGCACAUGGUACCGAGGGGAUGAGAUGACGUCUGUUCCGAUUAUGACCUACAAACUACCUCCAGUUUCUACAAUAGAAAAUAAUGUCUCCUAUUCAGGGAGAGAGAUGGUAGGCAAGGACUGCUCCCUACAUAUUGAACAUCUCACUCUCGGUGACUCAGCCAUCUAUACGUUAAGGACAGCCGGUGACACAAAGUUUGGAGAGGGGAAGAUUAAUGUUAAGAUCAUAGGAAUCGACCCAGAAGGGAAAAAAGCCGAAGGUCUCAGUGUUGAGGCCAUUGCAGGUAUCACUGGUGGGGCCCUUGGUGUGGUUUUGAUUCUUGGAAUCCUUGCACUUUGCUUGAUGACGACGACUGUAAGUCAUGCACCAACAGCAGUGGCUCCAGUCCAAUCUGAGGUGGCCACCGCUUCGAAACGCUCGCCUCAGAGGGGGAAACGAAGUAGUAAGAAGCCCAUCCGAAGGAACAAAAAUGUUUCCAAAGGCAGAGGCCCACCGGUUCCAGAUCUGAGGCAUCCAAUUCCCCAGGAGAUGCUCUCCAACUUCUACCCACAGAUCGCUCCAUUCAAAGCUAGGAAGUGGGCCAUUUCACACAAGACGGUCAUCAAAGCUACUUAA